AUGCUCCCCCCCCCACUUCUCCCUGUCAACAGGAUUGAUCUGCUUUCAUCACAUCCCAUUCCAUUGUCACCAGUUUGUUUGCCAGUCCGUGCCGACCGACACCCUGACAACCUUUCUAUUACAAUGACUAACUCAGCCUGUUGUUUCCUACAGCUUACCUCGAAACGCACAUCCAAACGCUAUUCCACAUACUCGACAUCGCCGAGUUUCAUGACUACAUCCACCACCUACUCCAACCCAGUCACGCUGCCAUCGGCGGCCGAGGCUACGGAGAUUGCAACGGCAACAGCAGCAAGAGCGAACCCCGAAACAGAGAUCCGGCAAUUGACCCAGGGAUUCGACCGACUAGAAAACAAACAUCUCUCACAACAGCGGUUUAUCCCGAGCCAAAAGAAAACCGACGACUUGAGCAAAUUGAGCCUGGGCGCAAAAGUCGAGAGGGCCCUAGGUCGAAGAAUGACGGACCAGGAUGCCGUGUUUCGGGUAAAGGUCAAACGCCCGACGGUGAAAACGAGCUCAUCGUUUGCUGUUUUGGAUGAGAAGGCCGUGUUGAAGUUUUGA